UCCCCUCUGUAUCAUGUGAUUCAGGUGUUCCAAUCCCCUCUGUAUCAUGUGAUUCAGGUGUUCCAAUCCCCUCUGUAUCAUGUGAUUCAGGUGCUCCAAUCCCCUCUGUAUCAUGUGAUUCAGGUGUUCCAAUCCCCUCCCAAUCAUGUGAUUCAGGUGUUCCAAUCCCCUCCAUAUCAUGUGAUUCAGGUGUUCCAAUCCCCUCCAUAUCAUGUGAUUCAGGUGUUCCAAUCCCCUCCAUAUCAUGUGAUUCAGGUGUUCCAAUCCCCUCCAUAUCAUGUGAUUCAGGUGUUCCAAUCCCCUCCAUAUCAUGUGAUUCAGGUGUUCCAAUCCCCUCCAUAUCAUGUGAUUCAGGUGUUCCAAUCCCCUCCCAAUCAUGUGAUUCAGGUGUUCCAAUCCCCUCCAUAUCAUGUGAUUCAGGUGUUCCAAUCCCCUCCAUAUCAUGUGAUUCAGGUGUUCCAAUCCCCUCCCAAUCAUGUGAUUCAGGUGUUCCAAUCCCCUCCAUAUCAUGUGAUUCAGGUGUUCCAAUCCCCUCCAUAUCAUGUGAUUCAGGUGUUCCAAUCCCCUCCCAAUCAUGUGAUUCAGGUGUUCCAAUCCCCUCCCAAUCAUGUGAUUCAGGUGUUCCAAUCCCCUCCAUAUCAUGUGAUUCAGGUGUUCCAAUCCCCUCCAUAUCAUGUGAUUCAGGUGUUCCAAUCCCCUCCCAAUCAUGUGAUUCAGGUGUUCCAAUCCCCUCCCAAUCAUGUGAUUCAGGUGUUCCAAUCCCCUCCAUACCAUGUGAUUCAGGUGUUCCAAUCCCCUCCAUACCAUGUGAUUCAGUGUGUUCCAAUCCCUUCCAUAUCAUGUGAUUCAGAUGUCCCAAUCCCUUCCAUAUCAUGGGAUUCAGGUGUCCCAAUCCCCUCCAUAUCAUGGGAUUCAGGUGUUCUAAUCCCCUCCGUAUCAUGUGAUUCAGGUUUUCCAAUCCCCUCCAAUCAU